GUGCUCCUGGGCCAGCCAGAGGACCCCAUGAGGCGGCAUGCAGGCGGGGAGCAGGCCACAGGACGCAGGGUGAAACCCAAGGCGCUCUAGAGGAGAUGAAUUAUGGAUCCGCCCUCCCGGAAUCCUGGCUCGGCCCUCCCCACGCCACCUGGGGCCAGUCCGGUCUGCUCCCAGCCCGAGGAGGCCGCGUGUCCAGCCGCGGGCAAGAGACCGAGCAGGUCCCUGUGUCUCCAAGUCCCUGAGCCCGUGACACCGGCCCCAGGCCCCGUAGAGAGCAGGCAGCCACCAUGGCAAAGGAGGAAGAUGAGGAGAAGAAAGCCAAGAAAGGGAAGAAGGGGAAGAAGGCACCGGAGCCGGAGAAGCCCAAACGGAGCCUGAAGGGGACGUCGCGGCUGUUCAUGGGCUUCCGCGACCGUACACCCAAGAUCUCCAAGAAGGGCCAGUUCCGCAGCGCCUCGGCCUUCUUCUGGGGCCUCCACACCGGCCCCCAGAAGACCAAGCGCAAGAAGAAGGCCCGCACCGUGCUCAAGUCCACGUCAAAGCUCAUGACGCAGAUGCGCAUGGGCAAGAAGAAGCGGGCGAUGAAGGGCAAGAAGCCGUCCUUCAUGGUGAUCCGCUUCCCAGGCCGCCGUGGCUACGGCCGCCUGCGGCCGCGCGCCCGGUCACUCAGCAAGGCGUCCACGGCCAUCAACUGGCUCACAAAAAAGUUCCUCCUCAAGAAGGCCGAGGAGUCGGGCAGCAAACAGGCCACAGUGGACGCCUGGCUGCAGCGCUCGAGCUCCCGCAUGGGCUCCCGCAAACUCCCCUUCCCGUCCGGUGCCGAGAUCCUGCGGCCCGGGGGCCGGCUCCGGAGGUUCCCCCGCAGCCGCAGCAUCUACGCGUCAGGCGAGCCCCUGGGCUUCCUGCCCUUCGAGGACGAGGCCCCGUUCCAUCACUCGGGCUCCCGCAAGUCGCUGUACGGGCUUGAGGGCUUCCAGGACCUGGGCGAGUAUUAUGACUAUCACCGCGACGGCGACGACUACUACGACCGGCAGUCACUCCACCGCUACGAGGAGCAGGAACCCUACCUGGCGGGCCUCGGCCCCUACAGCCUGGCCUGGCCACCCUACGGCGACCACUACUACGGGUACCCGCCCGAGGAUCCCUACGACUACUAUCACCCCGACUAUUACGGUGGCCCCUUUGAUCCGGGGUACACCUACGGCUACGGCUACGACGAUUACGAACCCACAUAUGCGCCCCUGUCGGGGUACUCGUCUCCUUACAGCUACCACGAUGGGUACGAGGGCGAGGCGCACCCUUAUGGCUACUACCUGGAUCCCUAUGCGCCGUACGACGCGCCAUACCCACCCUAUGACCUCCCAUACCACACUCCCUACGAUGUACCCUACUUUGAUCCCUACGGAGUCCACUACACCGUCCCCUAUGCCGAAGGCGUCUAUGGCGGUGGGGACGAGGCCAUCUACCCCCCCGAGGUGCCCUAUUUUUACCCGGAGGAGUCGGCUUCGGCCUUUGUGUACCCCUGGGUACCACCGCCCAUCCCGUCGCCCCACAACCCGUAUGCCCACGCCAUGGAUGACAUCGCCGAGCUGGAGGAGCCUGAGGACGCGGGCGCAGAGCGUCAGGGGACCUCCUUCCGCCUGCCCAGCGCCGCCUUCUUCGAGCAGCAAGGCAUGGAUAAGCCCGCCAGGUCCAAGCUGUCCCUCAUCCGCAAGUUCCGCCUCUUCCCGCGACCCCAGGUGAAGCUGUUUGGGAAGGAGAAGCUGGAGGUGCCCCUGCCACCCUCUCUGGACAUUCCUCUACCCUUGGGGGAUGCGGACGAAGAAGAGGACGAGGAGGAGCUGCCCCCGGUUUCCGCUGUGCCCUACGGCCACCCUUUCUGGGGCUUCCUCACGCCGCGCCAGCGCAACCUCCAGCGCGCGCUGUCGGCCUUCGGCGCCCACCGGGGCCUGGGCUUCGGCCCUGAGUUUGGCCGCCCCGUGCCUCGCCCUGCCACCUCGCUUGCGCGGUUCCUCAAGAAGACGCUGUCGGAGAAGAAGCCCAUCGCGCGGCUCAGGGGCAGCCAGAAGGCCCAGGCAGGCGGCCCUGCUGUCAGGGAGGCGGCCUACAAACGCUUCGGCUACAAGCUGGCUGGCAUGGACCCCGAGAAGCCCGGCACGCCCAUCGUGCUGAGGAGGGCCCAGCCGCGCGCUCGCUGCAGCAACGACGCGCGCCGCCCUCCCGCGCCACAGCCCGCGCCCAGGAGCGCGCUCCUGUCUCCGCCCGUGCCCCCGCGGCCCCCAAGCCCCGGGCCCCCGCCCGCGCCGCCGCUCUCCCCAGCGCUCUCGGGCCUGCCCCGGCCGGCCUCGCCCUACGGCUCCCUCCGCCGCCACCCGCCGCCCUGGGCCGCCCCAGCGCACGUGCCACCGGCGCCGCAGGCCAGCUGGUGGGCCUUCGUGGAGCCCCCUGCCGUGAGCCCGGAGGUGCCCCCCGACCUACUAGCCUUCCCAGGGCCCCGACCCUCGUUCAGGGGCUCCCGCCGGAGAGGGGCGGCAUUCGGCUUCCCCGGGGCCUCUCCACGGGCGUCGCGGAGGCGAGCUUGGUCACCGCUGGCCUCGCCCCAGCUCUCGCUGAGGAGCUCGCCGGGCCUCGGCUACUGCUCACCCUUGGCGCCCCCGUCGCCUCAGCUGUCCUUGCGCACGGGCCCCUUCCAGCCGCCCUUCCCGCCCCCGGCCCGCCGGCCCCGCUCGCUGCAGGAGUCCCCAGCCCCACGCCGAGCCGCUGGGCGCCUGGGCCCACCCGGCUCGCCGCUGCCGGGCUCACCCAGGCCGCCCUCACCGCCCCUGGGGCUCUGCCACAGCCCGCGGCGCCGCUCGCUGAAUCUGCCCUCGCGCCUCCCGCACACGUGGCGGCGCCUCAGCGAGCCACCCACUCGGGCUGUGAAGCCGCAAGUGCGCCUGCCCUUCCACCGACCGCCCAGGGCCGGGGCCUGGCGGGCGCCCCUGGAACACCGGGAGAGCCCGCGAGAACCCGAGGACUCAGAGACACCCUGGACCGUGCCCCCACUGGCCCCCAGCUGGGACGUGGACAUGCCUCCCACCCAACGCCCACCCUCUCCCUGGCCAGGAGGUGCAGUCAGCCGCCGAGGCUUUUCCAGGCCACCCCCUGUGCCGGAAAACCCCUUUCUCCAGCUCCUGGGCCCUGUGCCAUCCCCCACCCUCCAGCCUGAGGAUCCAGCUGCUGAUAUGACCAGGGUCUUCCUGGGCAGACACCAUGAGCCGGGGCCUGGACAGCUCACCAAAUCAGCUGGCCCAACCCCUGAGAAGCCUGAAGAAGAGGCCACCCUGGGGGACCCCCAACUGCCAGCAGAGACCAAGCCUCCAACCCCAGCACCUCCCAAGGAUGUCACUCCCCCCAAGGAUGUCACUGCCCCCAAGGAUGUCACUGCCCCCAAGGAUGUCCUCCCAGAGCAAAAGACAUUAAGGCCCAGCCUCUCAUACCCACUGGCUGCGUGUGACCAGACCAGGGCCACAUGGCCACCAUGGCACCGCUGGGGAACACUGCCCCAAGCCGCAGCCCCCUUGGCGCCCAUCAGGGCCCCAGAGCCCCUGCCCAAGGCGGGUGAACGGCGCCAGGCAGCCCCUGGGCGUUUUGCUGUGGUCAUGCCUCGUGUGCAGAAGCUGAGCUCUUUCCAGCGAGUUGGGCCUGCAACCCUGAAGCCUCGAGUCCAGCCCACCCAGGACCCCAAGCCAAGAGCCUGUAGUCUUCGCUGCUCCUGCCUCUGGCUUCGGGCAGAUGCCUAUGGACCCUGGCCACGAGUACACACCCAUCCCCAGUCCUGCCACCUGGGCCCUGGAGCUGCCUGCCUGUCCCUUAGGGGCUCCUGGGAGGAGGUCGGCCCCACAAGCUGGCGGAACAAGAUGCACUCCAUCCGCAACCUGCCAUCCAUGCGGUUCCGUGAGCAGCACAGGGAGGAUGGUGUGGAGGACAUGACACAGCUGGAAGACCUCCAGGAAACCACUGUGCUGUCCAACCUCAAGAUUAGAUUUGAACGGAACCUCAUCUACACAUACAUUGGGAGCAUCCUGGUGUCGGUGAACCCAUACCAAAUGUUUGGAAUCUAUGGGCCGGAGCAGGUGCAGCAGUACAACGGACGGGCCCUGGGAGAGAAUCCCCCGCACCUCUUUGCUGUUGCAAAUCUCGCCUUCGCCAAAAUGCUCGAUGCCAAACAGAACCAGUGCAUAAUCAUUAGUGGAGAGAGCGGCUCUGGCAAAACUGAGGCCACCAAGCUGAUUCUGCGCUACCUGGCCGCCAUGAACCAGAAACGGGAGGUCAUGCAGCAGAUAAAGAUCCUGGAGGCAACACCCCUCUUAGAGUCCUUCGGUAAUGCCAAAACUGUCAGGAACGACAACUCCAGCCGCUUUGGGAAGUUUGUGGAAAUCUUUCUGGAAGGGGGCGUGAUCUCUGGUGCCAUAACCUCCCAGUACCUGCUUGAGAAAUCCAGGAUCGUGUUUCAGGCCAAAAACGAGAGGAAUUACCACAUCUUCUACGAGUUGCUGGCUGGGUUGCCUGCCCAGCUCCGGCAGGCCUUUAGCCUGCAAGAGGCUGAGACCUACUACUAUCUGAACCAGGGUGGGAACUGUGAGAUAGCAGGAAAGAGCGAUGCAGAUGACUUUCGCCGGCUCCUGGCUGCCAUGGAGGUGUUGGGCUUCAGCAGUGAGGACCAGGACAGCAUCUUCCGCAUCCUGGCCUCCAUCCUGCACCUGGGCAAUGUCUACUUUGAGAAGUAUGAGACGGAUGCACAGGAGGUGGCCUCAGUGGUGAGUGCCCGAGAGAUCCAGGCCGUGGCAGAGCUGCUGCAGAUCUCCCCUGAGGGCCUGCAGAAGGCCAUCACCUUCAAAGUGACCGAGACAAUGCGAGAGAAGAUCUUCACGCCCCUAACUGUGGAGAGCGCUGUGGAUGCCAGGGACGCCAUCGCCAAGGUCUUGUAUGCACUGCUGUUCAGCUGGCUCAUCACCAGGGUCAACGCGCUGGUGUCCCCAAGGCAGGACACACUGUCCAUCGCCAUCCUGGACAUCUAUGGUUUCGAGGACCUGAGCUUCAACAGCUUUGAGCAGCUGUGUAUUAACUACGCAAACGAGAACCUUCAGUACCUUUUCAACAAGAUCGUCUUCCAGGAGGAGCAGGAGGAGUACAUCCGUGAGCAGAUCGACUGGCAGGAGAUCACCUUUGCUGACAACCAGCCCUGCAUCAACCUCAUCUCACUGAAGCCUUAUGGCAUCCUGCGGAUCCUUGACGACCAGUGUUGCUUUCCCCAGGCUACAGACCACACCUUCCUACAGAAGUGCCACUACCAUCAUGGCGCCAACCCGCUCUAUUCCAAACCCAAGAUGCCGCUGCCUGAGUUCACCAUCAAGCACUAUGCAGGCAAGGUCACCUACCAGGUGCACAAGUUCCUGGACAAGAACCACGACCAAGUGCGCCAGGAUGUGCUGGACCUGUUCAUACGGAGCCGGACACGGGUGGUGGCACACCUCUUCUCCAGCCAUGCCCCACAGGCUGCCCCUCAGCGCCUGGGCAAGAGCAGCUCCGUCACUCGGCUCUACAAGGCGCACACUGUGGCCGCCAAGUUCCAGCAGUCACUCCUGGAUCUGGUGGAAAAGAUGGAGAGGUGUAACCCCUUGUUCAUGCGUUGCCUGAAGCCCAACCACAAGAAGGAGCCAGGUCUCUUUGAGCCAGAUGUGGUAAUGGCACAAUUACGCUAUUCAGGGGUGCUGGAGACCGUGAGGAUCCGCAAGGAGGGAUUUCCAGUGCGCCUGCCUUUCCAGGGGUUCAUCGACAGGUACUGCUGUCUAGUGGCCCUCAAGCAUGACCUGCCGGCUAAUGGGGACAUGUGUGUGUCAGUGCUGAGUCGCCUGUGCAAAGUCAUGCCAAACAUGUACCGUGUUGGGGUCAGCAAGCUGUUCCUUAAGGAACACCUAUACCAGCUGCUGGAGAGUAUGCGAGAGCAUGUCCUGAAUCUGGCAGCCCUCACUCUGCAGCGCUGCCUCCGUGGCUUCUUCAUUAAGCGGCGAUUCCGCUCUCUGCGCCACAAGAUCAUCCUGCUGCAAAGCCGGGCCCGUGGCUACCUUGCCAGGCAACGCUAUCAGCAGAUGAGGAGGAGUCUGGUGAAGUUCCGGUCCCUGGUACACGCAUACGUGAGCCGCCGACGCUAUCUCAAGCUGAGGGCAGAGUGGAGGCGCCAGGUGGAGGGGGCGCUGCUGUGGGAGCAGGAGGAGCUGAGCAAGCGGGAGGUAGUCGCUGUGGGGCACCUGGAGGUACCGGCUGAGCUGGCUGGGCUCUUGCAAGCAGUGGCAGGCCUCGGGCUGGCCCGGGUGCCUCAGGUGGCCCCUGUGAGGACUCCUCGACUCCAGGCUGAGCCCCGGGUCACACUGCCCCUGGACAUCAACAACUAUCCUAUGGCCAAGUUUGUCCAGUGCCACUUCAAGGAACCUGCCUUUGGGAUGCUGACAGUGCCCCUGAGGACACCCCUCACGCAGCUGCCAGCCGAGCACCAUGCAGAAGCCGUGAGCAUCUUCAAGCUGAUCCUGCGCUUCAUGGGCGACCCCCACCUGCAUGGUGCCCGGGAGAACAUCUUCGGGAACUACAUUGUGCAGAAGGGGCUGGCGGUGCCUGAGCUGCGGGACGAGAUCCUGGCACAGCUGGCCAAUCAGGUGUGGCACAAUCACAAUGCCCACAAUGCUGAGCGGGGCUGGCUGCUGCUGGCCGCCUGCCUCAGUGGCUUUGCACCUUCCCCGUGCUUCAACAAGUACCUUCUCAAGUUUGUGUCUGAUUAUGGGCGGAAUGGCUUCCAGGCUGUGUGUCAGCACCGCCUCAUGCAGGCCAUGGGCCGGGCCCAACAGCAGGGCUCGGGGGCUGCCCGCACCUUACCCCCGACCCAGCUCGAGUGGACAGCGACCUAUGAGAAGGCCAGCAUGGCGCUGGACGUGGGCUGCUUCAAUGGUGACCAGUUCUCCUGCCCGGUGCACUCCUGGAGUACGGGGGAAGAGGUGGCUGGAGACAUUCUGAGGCACAGGGGGCUGGCAGAUGGCUGGCGCGGCUGGACCGUGGCCAUGAAGAAUGGUGUCCAGUGGGCAGAGCUGGCUGGCCACGACUACGUGUUAGACCUGGUGUCGGACCUGGAGCUGAUCAGGGACUUCCCUCGACAGAAGUCCUACUUCAUUGUGGGCGCAGAGGGGCCUGCAGCCAGCAGGGGAGGCCCCAAAGUGGUGUUUGGGAACAGCUGGGACUCGGAUGAGGACAUGUCCACUAGACCCCAGCCCCAGGAGCACAUGCCCAAAGUACUUGACUCUGAUGGGUACAGCAGCCACAAUCAGGACGGUACAAAUGGGGAGACUGAGGCCCAAAGAGGGACAGCAACCCAGCAAGAGUCAGACAGUCUUGGAGAGCCUGCUGUGCCCCACAAGGGGCUGGACUGCUACCUGGAUAGCCUCUUCGACCCUGUGCUGUCCUACGGGGAUGCGGACCUGGAGAAGCCAACAGCCAUUGCCUACCGCAUGAAAGGGGGAGGCCAGCCCGGUGGAGGCAGCAGUAGUGGUACUGAAGACGCCCCCAGGAGACCCCCAGAGCCAAAGCCAAUCCCAGGCCUGGAUGCCUCCACAUUGGCUCUGCAGCAAGCCUUCAUCCACAAACAGGCCGUGCUGCUGGCCCGGGAGAUGACCCUGCAGGCCAUGGCACUCCAGCAGCAGCCCCUGAGUGCUGCCCUGAGAUCCUUGCCCGCAGAGAAACCCCCAGCACCAGAGGCACAGCCGACGUCUGUAGGCACCGGUCCCCCUGCCAAACCCGUGCUCCUGCGUGCCACUCCAAAGCCCUUGGCCCCAGCCCCUCUGGCCAAGGCUCCAAGGCUCCCCAUCAAGCCUGUGGCUGCCCCUGUUCUAGCUCAGGAUCAGGCUUCUCCAGAAACCACUUCACCCUCCCCAGAGCUGGUCCGGUACUCUACGCUCAACUCUGAGCACUUCCCACAGCCCACACAGCAGAUCAAGAAUAUUGUCAGGCAGUACCAGCAGCCGUUCCGGGGAGGCCGGCCUGAGGCCCUCAGGAAGGAUGGCGGGAAAGUGUUCAUGAAGCGGCCAGACCCUCACGAGGAGGCCCUGAUGAUCCUGAAAGGGCAGAUGACUCACCUGGCAGCUGCACCUGGCACCCAGGUGUCCAGAGAGGCCGUGGCCCUGGUGAAGCCGGUGACCAGUGCACCAAGGCCAUCCAUGGCACCCACUUCAGCUCUGCCCUCGCGAUCGCUGGAGCCCCCUGAGGAACUCCUGCAGACGCGGCUGCACCGCCUCAUCAAUCCCAACUUCUACGGCUAUCAGGACGCCCCCUGGAAGAUCUUCCUGCGCAAAGAGGUGUUUUACCCCAAGGACAGCUACAGCCAUCCUGUGCAGCUUGACCUCCUGUUCCGGCAGAUCCUGCACGACACGCUCUCCGAGGCCUGCCUUCGCAUCUCUGAGGAUGAGAGGCUCAGGAUGAAGGCCUUGUUUGCCCAGAACCAGCUGGACACACAGAGGCCUCUGGUAACGGAAAGUGUGAAGCGGGCCGUGGUCAGCAGUGCACGAGACACCUGGGAGGUCUACUUCUCCCGCAUCUUCCCCGCCACGGGCAGCGUGGGCACUGGUGUGCAGCUCCUAGCUGUGUCCCACGUGGGCAUCAAACUCCUGAGGAUGGUCAAGGGUGGCCAGGAGGCCGGCGGGCAGCUGCAGGUCCUGCGUGCAUACAGCUUUGCAGAUAUCCUGUUUGUGACCAUGCCCUCCCAGAACAUGCUGGAGUUCAACUUGGCCAGUGAGAAGGUCAUCCUCUUCUCAGCCCGAGCGCACCAGGUCAAGACCCUGGUAGAUGACUUCAUCUUGGAGCUGAAGAAGGACUCUGACUACGUGGUUGCUGUGAGGAACUUCCUGCCUGAGGACCCUGCGCUGCUGGCUUUCCACAAGGGUGACAUCAUACACCUGCAGCCCCUAGAGCCACCUCGAGUGGGCUACAGUGCUGGCUGCGUGGUUCGCAGGAAGGUGGUGUACCUGGAGGAGCUGCGACGUAGAGGCCCCGACUUUGGCUGGAGGUUCGGGACCAUCCACGGGCGCGUGGGCCGCUUCCCUUCGGAGCUGGUGCAGCCCGCUGCUGCCCCCGACUUCCUGCAGCUGCCAGCGGAGCCAGGCCGCGGCCGAGCAGCCGCCGUGGCCGCUGCUGUGGCCUCUGCAGCCGCUGCACAGGAGGUGGGCCGCAGGAGAGAGGGUCCCCCAGUCAGGGCCCGCUCUGCUGACCAUGGGGAGGACGCCCUGGCGCUCCCACCCUACACAAUGCUCGAGUUUGCCCAGAAGUAUUUCCGAGACCCUCAGAGGAGACCCCAGGAUGGCCUCAGGCUGAAAUCCAAGGAGCCUCGGGAGUCCAGAACCUUGGAGGACAUGCUUUGCUUCACCAAGACUCCCCUCCAGGAAUCCCUCAUUGAACUCAGUGACAGCAGCCUCAGCAAGAUGGCCACCGACAUGUUCCUAGCUGUAAUGAGGUUCAUGGGGGAUGCCCCACUGAAGGGCCAGAGUGACCUGGACGUGCUUUGUAACCUCCUGAAGCUGUGCGGGGACCAUGAGGUCAUGCGGGAUGAAUGUUACUGCCAAGUUGUGAAGCAGAUCACAGACAAUACCAGCUCCAAGCAGGACAGCUGCCAGCGAGGCUGGAGGCUGCUGUAUAUCGUGACCGCCUACCACAGCUGCUCUGAGGUCCUCCACCCACACCUCACUCGCUUCCUCCAAGACGUGAGCCGGACCCCAGGCCUGCCCUUUCAGGGGAUCGCCAAGGCCUGUGAGCAGAACCUGCAGAAAACCUUGCGCUUCGGAGGUCGUCUGGAGCUCCCCAGCAGCAUAGAGCUUUGGGCCAUGUUGGCAGGCCGCAGUUCCAAGAGGCAACUCUUUCUUCUUCCUGGAGGCCUUGAACGCCAUCUCAAAAUCAAAACAUGCACUGUGGCCCUGGAUGUGGUGGAAGAGAUAUGUGCUGAGAUGGCUCUGACACGCCCUGAGGCCUUCAAUGAAUAUGUUAUCUUCGUUGUCACCAACCGUGGCCAGCAUGUGUGCCCACUCAGUCGCCGUGCUUACAUCCUGGAUGUGGCCUCAGAGAUGGAGCAGGUGGACGGCGGCUACAUGCUCUGGUUCCGGCGUGUGCUCUGGGAUCAGCCACUCAAGUUCGAGAAUGAGCUAUAUGUGACCAUGCACUACAACCAGGUCCUGCCUGACUACCUGAAGGGACUCUUCAGCAGUGUGCCGGCCAGCCGGCCCAGCGAGCAGCUGCUGCAGCAGGUGUCUAAGCUGGCUUCACUGCAGCAUCGCGCCAAGGACCACUUCUACCUGCCGAGCGUGCGGGAAGUCCAGGAGUACAUCCCAGCCCAGCUCUACCGUACAAUGGCAGGCUCGACCUGGCUCAACCUGGUCAGCCAGCACCGGCAGCAGACACAGGCGCUCAGCCCCCACCAGGCCCGUGCCCAGUUUCUGGGCCUCCUCAGCGCCUUACCUAUGUUCGGCUCCUCCUUCUUCUUCAUCCAGAGCUGCAGCAACAUUGCUGUGCCAGCCCCUUGCAUCCUUGCCAUCAACCACAAUGGCCUCAACUUUCUCAGCACAGAGACUCAUGAAUUGAUGGUGAAGUUCCCCCUGAAGGAGAUCCAGUCGACGCGGACCCAGCGGCCCACGGCCAACUCCAGCUACCCCUACGUGGAGAUUGCGCUGGGGGACGUGGCGGCCCAGCGCACCUUGCAGCUGCAGCUGGAGCAGGGACUGGAACUGUGUCGUGUGGUGGCCGUGCACGUGGAGAACCUGCUCAGUGCCCAUGAGAAGCAGCUCACAUUGCCCCCCAGCGAGAUCACCCUGCUCUGACCCAGCCCCCAGCCCUCCAGUACCUUCUGCCAGAAGACUCACUGUGGCCUCAGAGAAAUCACAACCUCUCAGGAUCAAUGACCCCUGUAAGGGGCCAGAGCUUUGGAGGACACUAAGAGGAGGCAGGAGGAGCAACUCAAAUCCCCAAGAACACAAGAAGACCCAUCCUGAACUGGGAUGGAAUGGCAGCAUGCAAACUUGGAUCAGAUAGCAGGAGAAACUUUCAAAAGUCUGGCCCACUGUGCAGUGGAGCAGAAGGCAGGACCAUGAGGCCUCCUGCCAUGUACCCAUUGCAGACCCUGCCCCUAACUCCUGCCUAUGACACAGAAGCCCCACACCAGUUGCCCAGAUGAACUGGCCUCUGCCUUUGGUUUACUCAGGGUCUGAUGUUGGAAUCUGCUCCAACUCCACACCCUAGCCCCUACAUGUCCUCCUAAGGGGCCCCUCCUUGUGCUGCCAGUCAGCCUGGAUUUCUGGUCUUUGGUUAUUUCUGUGCAAACAAAAGGUGUGCCUGGCAGCCAUUUCUCCAUGGAGUUGCUAAGUGGCUGGAAAACAAGCCUGAGGGAGGAGGCAGGAGUUGGAGUUACCUUAGGCCCCUGAUUCACUGCCUAUGAACAGACCAUCCCCCGCUCCUUGGGUAUCCCCAACCCCAGACCCCCAUCACUUGAUGGGCCACACAAGUUUGAGAGUGGUACAAGGGAGAAGUUUGGGAAAAGCCUUCUUGGAAAAUGGGACAUUAGCAUUGAGUUUUGAAAGAUGAGUAGGAGUUUGCUAAGGAUAGAUGGAAGACAGCGGGAUAAACAUUCCAGAGAAAAUCGUGUUUAUUCCCUGCUGUAUCUUCCAGAACCUAGGAGGAUGCCUAACAGAGGGUAAGCACUUAAAAAAUAUUUGUCAUAUGAAUGAAAAAAUAAACGAAUGAAUGUUGAUAGAAA